AUGACAAUUCCAGAUGAGGUUGACAUAAUCAUCUGCGGUGGUGGCAGCUCUGGAUGUGUUCCAGCAGGCCGUCUCGCCAACCUCGAUCAUAGCCUUUCCGUCCUGUUGAUCGAGGCUGGUGAGGAUAACCUUAACAAUCCAUGGGUCUACCGUCCGGCGAUAUACCCCCGUAAUAUGAAGCUCGACUCCAAAACGGCUUCAUUCUAUCACUCUCGCCCGUCGGAACACCUCGAUGGUCGUCGGGCUAUCGUUCCAUGUGCCAACAUCCUUGGAGGUGGAAGCUCCGUCAACUUUAUGAUGUACACCAGAGCUUCGGCCUCGGACUACGACGACUUCCAAGCCAAAGGCUGGAAAACCGAAGAGUUGCUGCCCCUUAUGAGAAAGCAUGAGACUUACCAGCGCGCGUCCAACAACCGUGACCUGCAUGGGUUUGAUGGGCCAAUCAAGGUGUCCUUUGGAAACUAUACGUAUCCUAUCACGCAGGACUUUCUUCGGGCCACCGAGUCCCAAGGUAUUCCGACCACGGAUGAUCUGCAAGACUUGAAGACAGCUCAUGGAGGAGAGCAUUGGUUAAAAUGGAUCAACCGUGACACGGGAAGACGCAGCGAUGCGGCCCAUGCUUACGUCCACAGCACUCGGUCAAAGUAUUCUAACCUGCACCUCAAAUGCAACACCAAAGUGGACAAGGUGAUUAUUGAGAACGGCCGAGCAGUGGGCGUGGCGACAAUUCCGACAAAGCCUCUCGAUGGCCAGGAUCCACCACGCAGGAUCUUCCGCGCUCGCAAGCAGAUCAUCAUCAGCGGUGGCACUCUCAGCUCGCCUCUUAUCCUGCAGCGCUCUGGCAUUGGUGACCCCGAAAAGCUUCGCCGUGUCGGAAUCAAGCCCUUGGUCAACCUGCCUGGGGUGGGACGCAACUUCCAGGACCACUACCUGACAUUCUCGGUCUUCCGAGCUAAGCCAGACGUUGAGUCGUUUGAUGACUUUGUCCGUGGAGAUCCUGAGGUGCAGAAGAAGGUCUUCGAUGAGUGGAACCUCAAGGGUACUGGCCCGUUGGCUACCAACGGAAUUGAUGCCGGCGUGAAGAUUCGACCGGAACCGCAGGAGCUGCAAGAGAUGAAGAAGUGGCCUACGCCUGAAUUUGUGAACGGCUGGGAAAGUUACUUCAAGAACAAGCCGGACAAACCAGUCAUGCACUACUCUGUUAUUGCUGGAUGGUUCGGCGACCACAUGCUCAUGCCCCCCGGGAAGUUUUUCACCAUGUUUCAUUUCCUGGAGCAGGAAUAUCCUUUCUCUCGCGGCUUCACCCACGUCACCUCUCCGAAUCCAUACGAUGCUCCCGACUUUGACGCUGGCUUCAUGAACGACAAGCGCGACAUGGCCCCCAUGGUUUGGGGGUAUAUCAAAUCCCGCGAGACCGCUCGACGCAUGAAUGCUUAUGCUGGUGAGGUGACGGGAAUGCACCCUCACUUUUCCUUCGACUCGCCAGCGCGCGCACGCGAUAUGGAUUUGGCAACCACUAAUGCUUACGCGGGGCCAAACCACAUCUCUGCUGGAAUCCAGCACGGAUCGUGGUCCAACCAACUGGAGCCCGGAAAAGCACCGGCUGAAACGUACCUCAACUCUAACAAGCACGAGGCCAGAGAAUCCCUGCAAUACAGCAAGCAAGAUAUUGAGCACAUUGAGAAAUGGGUCCAACGCCACGUCGAAACAACAUGGCACUCUCUCGGAACGUGCAGCAUGGCACCCCGCGAAGGGAGCUCCAUCGCCCCACACGGCGGUGUUCUCGACGAACGCCUGAACGUGCACGGAGUCGAGGGUCUCAAGGUCUGCGACCUGUCUAUAUGCCCGGACAAUGUGGGCUGCAAUACUUUCAGCACGGCUCUGCUGAUUGGCGAGAAAUGCGCUAUGCUGGUGGCGGAGGACCUGGGAUAUUCUGGCGCUGCUUUGGACAUGAAGGUUCCACCAUAUCAUGCACCAGGUGAAUUCGUUGGUCUUGCGCGGCUCUAG